GGUGAGUGGGGAGCCGGGGGACCCGGGGAGGGGCUCCCGGCUCUCCCCGGUGCCCAGGGGGCCUGCUCCAGGUUGCUGGGAAGCAGCUCCGGGUUGCAGGGCGGGAACGUGCCCUUCCACCUCCGGCAAACUUUCGGCCGCCGCAACGGAAGCAGGAACUCGUGAAUUACAAACCCAGGGCUGGGCGAGAGCUGCGGAGUCUCCCGGGCGUCCUCCACGAACCCCUCGCGGAUCCGCCGCUGCUUCCCCGAGCGCGCGGGGCUGCCCUGCACCGGGAGGGCAGCAGGGCCCGGUCCUCCCGUCUCCAGAGAGAAAUUCCAUCAUCUGUACAAUCUUCUUGAAGCAAACUCAGGCCAGAGGGAGAGUUAUCCGACCUUUGGAGACCAAGACUAAACUGAAAUUUAAAAUGUUCUUCCGGGAGGGAUGGAGCUUGACUUACACUCGUGUAAUAAUUUGUUUCCUGACACUAAGGCUGUCCACCAGUCAGAACUGCCCCACCAAGAGUCUAGAAGAUAUGGUCAUUGACAUCCAGUCAUCUCUUUCCAAGGGAAUCAGAGGCAAUGAGCCCAUACACACAUUAACUCAAGAAGACUGCAUUAAUUCUUGCUGCUCAACAAAAAACAUAUCAGGGGACAAAGCAUGUAACUUGAUGAUCUUCGACACUCGAAAAACAACUAAACUACCCAACUGCUACCUGUUUUUCUGUCCCACUGAGGAAGCCUGUCCCCUGAAACCAGCAAAGGGACUUAUGAGUUACAGGAUCAUUAGAGAUUUUCCAUCUUUGGCGGGAACUGAUUUGCCAAGCCAGGAGGUGGCCCAAGAAGAGUCUCUGUUCCUCAGCAGGUCUUCACACACCAUCACUCCCACGCCCCCUCCUCCCACAGGUGCUUCAGAGCCCACGGUCUUAUGGAGACAUUCAUUCUCUCCGAAGUUUGGAUCCUCAGAUCACUUGGAGAAACUACUCAAGAUUGAUCUGGCGAGUCCACAGUGGACUGUUUAUAAAGAAAAAGGCCACUCUCAGAAGUCACCAUCUCCCUCAGAACAAACGGUAGCUCAUCUGCUGCCUGAAGAUGUGACAGUGUUCCCCAGUACAGUGGCAGCUGCUUCUCUGCCCACCAUCCUGGCCACUCCAAAGCCUGCAUCUCUCCCUGCCACCAGCACUGCAGGGAUACCUUCUGUGACUUCUCAGCCUCAGGGGGCCACCUCUGCCCCACCUGUAGCCACGGUCACUAACACGACCACAACUGAGGUUCCGACUUCCAUCUUUAGGGCAUCAACAGACUCGAAAGGCCCACCAGACACGGUGCCCUUAAGAGACAUUUCCAGCUUGAUUUUGAACACAGAGGCUGCCGGGAACCCUGCUACGUUUCCUUUGUCAAAUGUGAACUCUCCCACUACAAAUACAGCAGCUUCCCAGGAAGACAGGAAGGCCAGCUCUGGUGGGCCCUCCCUGAGCAGUGCUCCAGAAAGUCAGCAGGGCCUCGCAUUUGAACAGUGGCUCCUGGUCGGGAGCGUGCUCUUUGGGGUUCUGUUCCUCGCCAUAGGCCUGGGUCUCUUGGGCAGAACGCUCUUAGAAUCCCUCCGCAGGAAACGUUACUCGAGGCUUGAUUAUUUGAUCAAUGGCAUCUAUGCUGACAUCUAAGGAGGACAUUAGAUGCCUCUUUUUUUUUUUUUUGGCUGUGGGAUGUGGGAUCUUAGUUCCCAGACCAGGACCAGGGAUCGAACCCGUGCCUCCUGCAGUGGAAGUGGGGAGCCUUAACCACUGGGCUGACAAGGAGGUCCCUAGAUGUCUCUUUAUUCAUGUAGUUACUAAUAGCCCCUAUGCAGCGAGGUUCUGCUGAUUUGCUCAUCUUCGCAGGAUUUUUCAAGUAUUUUGAAGACAGGCAAAGAUGCCUCCUACCACUUUCUUUUUGCUUGUUCUUCGAAAAGAAGCGGGGGAAAGAAACAAACUGGGUGAUUUGAAGGAUCUGUCUCUAAAAUAUUAGCUGAAAACAAAGCUCUACCUAAAGCAAUAAAGAAUAAUUGCCACAUCAGUUGGAAAACGACUGGCUUUUUACAAGGAAAAAGGGUUAGGACUCCUAGGCUCCAAUUCAUUAAUGUUUCUGGUUCCAGAUAAAGUUGACUGUUUAUGGUAUUAAUUCUAAUGGAUUUACUUUCCUUUUUAUAUGAAUUCCAAUAAAACUUAUUCCAGA